AUGGGUGUUUCAGGCUUAUGGGAGAUCAUCAACAAAUCACGCCAGACGCGCUCUGUCGCUCAUCUCGCCGUUGUCGACGGAUUUGAGGCAAACAAGCACGGUACUCGCACGCUACGCGUCGGGAUCGACGCCUCCUUGUGGCUCCAGCACGUCUCAACUGCCAAAUGGCUCUCAACCAAGAAGAACCCCAACGCGUCCAGCGCCCAGGGCGCCCGCAACGUUGGGGUCAAUCCGGAGCUACGGACGCUCUUCUUCAGGCUCGCGCAAUGGUCCAAGCUUCCGGUGAGCUUGCUCUUCGUGUUCGAUGGGCGAGGGCGGCCGCUGGAGAAGAGAGGGAGCAAGAUGGGCAAGAGCGGCAGCCACGAGCUUGCGCCGAAAUUCAAGGAGCUGAUUAAGUUAUUUGGAAUGGAUUGGCGUGAAGCGAAGGGAGAGGCCGAAGCCGAGCUUGCCUUCCUCAACCAGGUCGGGGCUAUCGACGCCGUGGUCACAGACGACAUCGACUGUCUCAUCUUUGGGGCGCAGACCGUCAUCAAGAAUUUCGGCCUCGAUCUUUCCGGGAAUAAAGGCAACCCUCCUAAGAAUGCGGAUGGCAACACCAGCAAAGCACACGCCCACGUCUACACCGCCGACGACAUCAGACGCCAUCCCGAUGUCCGGCUCACUCGUGAUGGCCUGAUCCUCUUCGCGCUCAUGUCAGGGGGCGAUUAUGACACGGGCAUCUUCAGGUGUGGCCCAGCCAUGGCACACGCCAUGGCUCGAUCAGGGUUUGGCGAGCAACUCGUUCAGGCUUACGAGCGAUACGGCGAGAGCGGUCACUUCACUAUCUGGCUCGAACAGUGGCGCACUGAGCUCCAAGCCGCCAUCCGCGCUAACUCGCACGGACUGAUGGCGCGCGGUGCGCCCAAUUUUGUGAUUCCCCAGGAAUGGCCAAAGGUGAAGACCCUCCAGCUCUAUGUCGAACCCGUUACGAGCGCGUCCAAUGGGGGUAACUGCGGUGGGCCACCUAGAGACCGGGAGCCGCUCGACCUACCCGGCUUGGCCUGGUUCUGCGAGAAGCACUUCGAAGACUGGGGCUACAAAUCCGCAAUUCUCAAGCGUUUUGGAAGCCUCUUGACGCAGAGUCUCGUCAUGCGCGUCCUGCGGGCUGCUGCGCUCGAGGCGGACAGUCGCGAGAAGGACAGGCGGAUCGCGCAGGGACUCCCCACUGGGGAGGCCAGCGUGCGUGGCCCACUUAGGCCGAGACCGUACGAAGCCGUUGGAACAUCUGCGACGCUCGUCAAGAUGACUCUUGCACCGAAGGCCAGGGGUGGCGGGUAUGCGGCUCAGCGAAACAUCGAUUUGGAGGCGCUCAGGUCUGCAUUCGCGAGGCCCGACACGCCCGAACCUGAUGACCGCGGUCCGGACGCUGGCGUGGAGUACGUGGAGGAUACCCAUCCGCUCAUUGUGGGAAUCACGGGUCGCCGUGAGCAUGUCUCUACAGACAAGCUAUCCGAGCUUCGCGUCAAGGUGUGUCGGGAGCAACUCGUCGCGAUCGCGGGGUCGGGCAUCAAAGGACUGCAUGAUGAACCUGGGCCAAGGAAGAGGUGGAUCGCAUACACGGAGGAUGAGCCGGAUGAGGGUGAUGAGGAAGAUGAAGAUGAGGGAGAAGAUGGCAGGAAGAAGAAAAAACGGGGGAAGCAGACGGAUCCGCGUGACGACAUGUUGCUCUGGAUUCCGGAGACGAUCAUGAGGCAGGUCCAUCCCGCCUUGGUCGAGGAAUGGGAGAACAACCGGAACCGCGGAGGACGGGCGCGAGGUUCGAAUAUGAGCGGGAACACAGCGUCGAGGAAUAGAGCUGCCGCUGCACCCCGCCCUCAGCCUGGCGCUCCGCAAGCUGUAGCGCCGCAGGCGUAUCGUCCUGUAGCACCUCCGGCGGCUGAUCCAGUCCCAAUGCUACAUGUAGCUGCUGCUGCCGCCCCUUCUGUCCAACCACCUGCCCCGCAGCCUGCCCCUAAACGCGCUGGUCGAGGUAAGGGUAAAGCACGCGCGGCGUCCCACAACGAUUACGACUACCUCGCCAUCAAUCCAUAUGCAUCAUCUGCGCCGCCUCAACACGACUUCAAUCCCAUGGUCGAUACAUCGCUCCCCUUUCGCCGCUGCGGAUUCAUGUUCACUUGGCCGGACCCAGAUGAUCCCGAUCAACUCAUCGUGGACACAGACGAGAGGGAUGAUCUGCCCACCGAAGUGAAUUACAGGGAGAUCGGGAAUGCGAGCGUCUUCGGGGAAUAUGACCGGCUUUCCGCCGUGUCUCGAAGCGCUCCUCGGACGCAGGCCCGUACUCGGGUCUCGACUACCCCAAGCGCGCGGAGCGCUCCUUCGCAGGCGCAGCAGAGUGCUCCCUCGCUAUUCGCCCACGAGGCUCCCAUUCUGACCUCGGCAGCUGCCUCGGCUUCGGGCGUGCCGGCAAACCAGCCUGAGCCCCGGAUUCGCGGGACGACACCGAAGAAGAGGAAGCAGAACGAGCGUCAAGCUGGCGAAGGUGAUGUGUACGAUGACCCGUGGGUCGUACCCCAGGACUAUGGACGUAACAGAUUCAGUCAGCAUGCCCAGGAGAUCAACCGUUAUCUUGGGAUAGGCCCCGAUGGCGAGCCCGUGCCCAUUCCCAAAGGGUCAAAGAAGACUCGCGGCAGAAUACCUUCCGCGCUUGCUGCCUCACUUACUCCCAUGUCAGCGUCUGCUAGCGCAAGGGAUAGUCGCAGGAGAGCCGAGAAGGGCAAAGGAAAAGAGCGUGCCUAUCGGGAUCCCUCUCCUUUCUCAUCCCCAAUGCAAGCGAAGCGCAGGAAGACCGGCCAUAAGGGCGCGGUCCAGGACACGCGGUCGUUUUUCGACGAGCCUGGUCCGAGUAACAGUGGAUUCACGUCCACCUCCCGUGGGCAGGUGGAUCCCCUAUUCUUGGAAUCCGACUCGUCACGCUCGCCUUCACCACUCAAUGUGUGGCCCCGUUCUUCUCCUGCACCUCCACCAUCGUCGUCGGCUUUCACGACGCCUUCCACAUCUCGGUCUGACAGGGUUGGCAUACCGCCUUCGGUGCCGGCAUCUCCUUGUCCUGCCAAACGGCCCAUCGCCGACGACAUCAUCAGUAUUUCAAGCGACUCGGGGGACGAUACGAACGCCGGGGGCCGCCGCUCGCCCGAUGACUGGCUGCGGGACUUGAACUCCGCACCAUUCAACGGCGCUCCAUCCUUCUACAGCCAACGAAAGGCGCGCGAAUCACAGCGGUCUCUCAAUACCGCUCUUGACAUUGACCCGGAGACCCAGAACGUAGGUGACGCGAUGGACCUAGACCCUGAGCCUAGCGCCUUGUCGUCUCCUACCCGUAAUUCCAAGCCGAAGCUCUCUGAGUUUGGUUAUUACUCGGCGUCCGCUUCAUCGCGGCGGUCAUAUCGUGAUCCACCCAUGCCUUCUUCCUCCCAGGAGAACGCCCUGAACGACGAUAUCUUUAGGACGUGACCGUAGUGAGAGUUUUGCGGUGAUGCGAUCCUACUGUUCGACGGUCUGAUGUCGACGGGCUGUCAAUAUCAAUAUCUGCCCACUGUCGUUCACAUGACCAUGUUCUAUGUAUAUUCCGUUUGUGGUUAUCCGUAUGACUUCCGAGCGCCUUCGCGUUCGGGCUCUAUUUCUAACUUGGCUCUUGAUGUCUAGUAUUGUACUACCCACAUUACAAACUCCUUAUACUAAUUCGUAGCAAGUAUCGUAUCGGGAGAACGUAUAAUCAUCUGUUACUAUACAGCCUCGUUUCGCUGGCUGCCGUAUUUUCAAUCCUUCACCGUACUACUGUUCAGUCUAGUCCUGGUGCCGUCC